AUGGUUGAAACAAGAAGUAGCAGGCUUAAGCAACAACACAGUCAAGACCGAACAGAUACCUUGAGACGUACAGCAAUUGAGUUAGCACCGAAACCCACUAAACGCGCACGUCCGAUAUCUAAUGACUUAAUCGCGUCAGAAGAGUUAAAAUCAAAAGAAAUAGGAUUAUCCGAAAUUAAUGCAGAACUUACGUCUAAAGCCUCUGAGCAAAGAGCCACCAUUCUAACAAAAUACUUUCGUGUAGCAGCAUAUGGAGAGGGUGACAUUUUAAUGGGCGUUAAAGUACCCGAUGUGCGUUCUCUAUCAAAAAGCCUGGGUUUUUUGCCAUAUUCAAUUUUAAAAGAGCUUAUUCAGUCAAAGUAUCAUGAGGAAAGGCUGUUAGCAGUUAUAAAUGUAGUGACAAAAUUUAAAAAUACACAAGAUCCAGUAGAGCUUACGGAAAUUUUUAAAUUUUUUGUUGAGCAAAUGCGAGAAGGAGUUAAUAACUGGGACUUGGUUGAUUCCUCGGCAAGCCAAAUCGUUGGGGAAUUUCUGAAAGAUAAACCUGAUAUUAAACGACUAUGGUUAUAUGAUAAACUAGCAGUAUCAAACCGAAUCUGGGACAGAAGGAUUGCAAUAGUAUCGACACAAUGUUUUAUUAAUAAUGGUAAAUAUGAUGAUGCGUUAAAAUUGGCAGAAAUGUUUUUAAAUGACACAGAAGAUUUGAUACAUAAAGCAACAGGAUGGACAUUAAGGGAAGUGGGCAAGAAAUCAAAAUCAACCCUUGUCAAAUUUUUGAAUCAACAUGCACAUCAAAUGCCAAGGGUGAUGUUGAGAUAUAGCUUGGAAAAGUUUUCUGGACAAGAACGCAAGAAGUAUAUGACCAUAGGGAAAAAGUAA